CGCCGCCGCCUCCUCCGCCGGCGGCCGAGGGGCACUUCUGAGCCUUAUUUUCUCUCCGCGCCCAGCCCGCUCUGACACCGCUCCUGCAGGAGGGCGGGCGGGAGGCAGCCGCCGCCGCCGCCAGACGGUCGCACCCGCUGCCCGCCGGCCCCGCGCCCAUUUAUCUCCGACUAGAGCCCCUACAGAUCAAGAAUGUUGAUUCUUCUGGCUUUCAUUAUUGUGUUCCACAUAACCUCAGCAGCGCUGCUGUUCAUCUCAACUAUUGACAAUGCCUGGUGGGUAGGAGAUAAUUUUUCUACAGAUGUCUGGAGAGUGUGUGCCACCAACACUAGCACCUGUAUGGCCAUUACGGAUCAAUUCCAAGAGUAUCAAUCAAUUCAGGCUGUUCAGGCUGCCAUGACCCUAUCUACUAUUUUCUGUUGUGUGGCAUUUCUGGUUUUCAUUCUCCAGCUCUUCCGCCUAAAGCAAGGAGAAAGAUUUGUGCUAACCUCUAUUAUCCAGCUCCUGUCAUGUCUGUGCGUUAUGAUUGCAGCUUCCAUUUAUACAGAUAGGCACGAAGAACUACACAAGAGCAAUGAAUAUAGGAUUGAAGUUACUCAAGGCCAAUACGGCUACUCCUUCGUCUUAGCCUGGAUUGCCUUUGCCUUCACCCUCAUCAGCGGCGUGAUGUACCUAGUAUUAAGGAAGCGUAAAUAAAUGUCAGCAGCUAGUUAUGUCUGUCACUACAGUACAAAACCAAACUCCAGUAACCAUUUUGUAUAUAAUCAUUUACAUGGUUUUGUAGUAAAGGUAUUGUUUCUCUAAAAAUGUACUGUGUUCUUGAUACAAAACAGAAUAAAAACCCCGGCAGGUUCACUGGGCUGCCUGGCACCUACAGGUCAGGGGCUGAGCAGGACAGA